AUGGAUCUAGGAACCGCUGCCGCUGCCCUGCUGGGGGGUGCGACGGUCGCCAGCUAUCUAAAUGCCAAAUUUCAUAUCAAAAAAGACGUGUCGGAUAUACUCACCGGAAAGAAAGCCGAGCGUGAAUAUGCCCGGGCGGUCAGUCAGAGUCGCGGAAACCCCUGGUUUGUCUUCUUGGAGACGGUGAAACGUCACCCUGACAUGAACUGCCUAUGGACCCGCGAGCGAUCAUAUACAUAUCAAGAAGUACAGGAUCAGGCGUGCCAAUACGCCCAGUUUUUCCUAUCGCAAGGCGUGAAGAAGGGUGAGCUGGUAGCAGUGUAUCUGCAAAACAGUGCGGAGUUUAUGGUGGUGUGGAUAGCCCUGUGGAGCAUUGGAUGUGCCCCGGCAGCCAUCAAUUACAAUCUGGCAGGCGAUGCGCUCAUACAUUGCCUGAGGAUCAGUGGCGCGAAAUUGCUCCUCGUCGACGAAGAUGCGAGCUGCCAGGCACGGGUAGGGGAAUCGCAGGAAGCCAUAGCGGGCCUGGGAAUGAAUCCCAUGACGCUAGAUGGCUCUCUGAAAGCGCAGAUCAGCACGCGUCCAAAAUCCUUGCCGCCAAAGGAGCUGGCGAAGGGGAUCAAGGGCGAGUUCCCGGCCAUUCUGAUCUAUACCUCAGGGACCACGGGGCUGCCCAAGGGAUGUGCAUUCACCAUGGCUCGACUCUAUACCACCCUCUUCAUACGCCAUGGGAUGAUGGGGGAUACACCUGGCCCAGGUGGGGACCGGUGGUAUAGCUGCAUGCCUUUAUACCACGGCACUGGCGCGAUAUCACUGGCCUCGUGUCUAGUCAUGGGAGUCAGUAUCGCGAUCGGUCCCAAAUUUAGCGUACGCAACUUCUGGAAGGAUAUUCGCGACUCCGAGUCGACUCUCUUUGUCUAUGUUGGCGAGACGGCUCGCUAUCUACUGGCUCCGCCACCCUCGCCCCAAGACAAAAACCACAAGGUCCGGUGCAUGUAUGGAAAUGGCCUUCGCCCAGAUGUUUGGGAGCAGUUCCGGGAGCGAUUUGGAGUGGCCGAGGUAGGAGAGUUCUUCAACAGCAGCGAAGGAAUCUUCGGCCUCUUCAACUACAACUGCGGUCCAUUCACGGCCGGCAGUGUCGGCCACCAUGGACUGCUGAUGCGGGGGGUCCUGCAUAAUGUAUAUGUCCCGGUAGCGAUUGACCCAGAGACCGGCGAUAUUCUGCGAGAUCCCAAGACCGGCUUUGCGGUUCGCUCCCCGUAUGAGCAGGGUGGAGAGAUUCUGGUCAAUAUCCCCGGGGAAGAAGUGUUCCAGGGAUAUUGGCGCAAUGCCGAAGCAACUAAUAAGAAAUUCCUCCGCGAUGUCUUCAAGAAGGGAGAUCUGUACUAUCGCUCUGGGGAUGCUCUACGCCGACUGGAUGACGGACGUUGGUACUUCCUUGACCGGCUGGGCGAUACCUUCCGUUGGAAGAGCGAGAAUGUCGCGACUGCCGAAGUUUCCGAGGUCAUAGGGAAAUUCCCCGGCGUGACGGAGGCCAACGUGUAUGGCGUCCGGCUCCCUAAUCACGAAGGACGAGCCGGCUGUGCAGCGAUCCAGAUUAGCCCUGAAGCCCGUCAGAACUUCGACUACACAGCACUUGCCCGUUUCGCCCGCUCUAAGCUACCUCGAUAUGCUGUUCCGCUGUUCUUGCGUGUUGUCGAGAAUCCCACGCACAUCCAUAACCACAAACAGAACAAGGUGCCUCUCCGUGACGAGGGUGUAGAUCCUGCGCUUCUAGGUACCAAGGCUCCGGAAGGAAAGGAUGAUCACUUCCUUUGGAUCGCCCCUGGUGAAGAUAGCUACACGCCGUAUGGAGAGAAGGAUUGGAAUCGAAUAACAGAUGGAAGUGCACGUUUGUGA